CAACAGCAGAAAGAUCCUGAGAGAGAAGCGAGAAACACCGACAACACAUACGCAUCUGGAUUAUAUCUCUCCUGUUUUUUCAUGGCUUCAUAUUUCGGCAGCAAAAUGUUUUCAGUGUUUCCAAAAACGUUGCUGUUGGUUUUGUUUUGUGCGUGUGCUGCGUCUGCAGCCAAAAACGGAAGUAUGUAUGGGAGGACCUUUUCCCUUUUUCACUAUACGGUCACAGAUGAGCCACUACCGCCUGAAUAUACAGAUGAAGAUGGAGAACAACAAGACACAAAUUCUACACGACUUUGGGCUCAUAAUGGAACUCAUAAUGUAUCACACAUCAGGCAGGAAAUCUCAGAGGAGGCGCUGCAGUUUCUCAAAAGCCCUGUGUCCACUGUCCUCAUACCAUCUUUCUACACGCUGGUCUGCCUCAUCAGCGUGCCAAUUAACAUCUGUGCGGUGAUAGCUUUCGCUCGGAGGAUCCGGCCAAAAAAACCAGCAGCAAUCUACAUGCUGAACUUGGCCUGCGCUGACCUGCUCUUUGCCCUGCUGCUCCCCUUCAAGAUCUCCUACCACUUUGGCGGCAACAACUGGAUAUUUGGCCCGAUUAUGUGCCGUGCGGUCACUGCAGCUUUUUACUGGAACAUGUAUUGCUCUGUUCUGCUCAUAACUUGCAUCAGUGUGGAUCGGCUUCUUGCUGUAGUCUACCCCAUCAACUCCCUGGCUUGGAGGAGGCCCCGGAAUUCAAUCAUAGCCUGUGUCACCAUGUGGAUAUUAUCCUUUGCUGGCUCAGUGCCCCUGGUGGUCUCCGAACAGUCUGUUCACCUAACACAGCUGGACAUCACCACCUGCCACGACAUCCAGAGAUCUGAUCAGCAAAUCUGGCACUACAAGAUCUACUUCAUCAUUCUAUGCUGCCUCCUCUUUUUCCUGCCUCUGCUCAUCACAGUAGUGUCCUACACUCGGGUGAUCUGGUCGCUGAGCAGGGUCCCACGCGGGGUUCCUGGACGCUCACGGAGACGCACAAGAGCAGUGGUGAUGGCCUUCACGGUGCUGGUGAUCUUUGUGUUGUGUUUCAUGCCCACAAACUGCCUGCUGCUAGCGCACUACCUACAAUUCAACGAGGGAAUGAAAAACCCCCAACAGGCCCCUGAUGGCUCCUACUCGAUCUAUCUGGUUUUCCUGUGUUUGGGGAGUCUGAACUGCCUUCUGGAUCCCCUGGUCUACUUCUUUGGAUCAUCUCAAUGCCAGAAACAACUUUCCAAAGCACUGAGGUGUCAGAAGAUUACAGAGGUCAGCAGCAGUCAUUCAUCUUCUGGUUCAUACAGAUCCAGUGCCAGAACGAUUCUGAAGUCCAGCCACAAAGAAAGUUCAAAGACAAACACAUCAACCACCAAAACUGACUCUUUCCAAGCAAAUCUCAACAGCCAAUACAAGAAACUACUGGUCUGAUAGACUGGUAGACUGGAUCAAAGUGAUGUAACUGACUUAACCUAAACAAUAGAAUUAUCUAUAUUAUGAAGUUCAAGUAACAGCAAGUAAUGAGCACAAAGCCUGUAGUGUCUAGCCUGACAUAAGAAUAAAUGGAGGACAGCUGAGCCUACAAUGCCAACAGAAAGUAUUUUAAAUGCAAUUUUUUAUACUUUUUAAAUAAAUUUCAAUGUCAGAAGUCUUGCUUUCAAACACUGAAGUGACACACAUGUCCAUUUGAAUGAAUAAUGAAGUUAAAAACAAUACAGGGAAGGAAGUGUUAGAUUAGAUAAGAAGAACUCUGCUGAACGUUUGAUACUAUGAAAUGCUAUUAUGUUUGCACUGUAUAUGUAAGAGCUUAAAAGUUUAUAAACUGCAAGUGAGUACAAGGAUUUUCAUGAUUUUGUGUAUGUCUAUAUAAAUAUAUAUGUAUAUUUACUGAAAAGUAUAUUUUAAUGCAGUUAUGUUCACCUCUGAAAAGCUUUUAGUUAUGUCUUAUUUUUUUGUUUUUGA